AGCCCGCCCUUUGCGCCGAAAUCGGGCACGCUGGAGGGUGCGGAGGCUUGAUCCCAUGGAUUGCGAGGCGCUGCUAGCGCAGCUGACACAGCAGGUGGUGCAGGAGCACCUCAAUGAGGAGGGCGACUCGGUGUAUGAGGCCUCGAGGGCGCCCAGCCCUCCGGGCCGCUUCACCUCGAGGCGGAAGCCCAGGAACCCCCCUGCUUCACAAGUCCUGGGCCGUCCUGCGCGGCUCAUGGGCGGCGUGCGGGGCGCCGGCGGCGACCCGUUUGAUGCCGAAGGCACACAGGCAGAGACGCCGGCAAUGAGACAUCUGGCACUGCUGGAGGAGGCGGUGCUCAAGGGGACGGAGUUGCCGCCGCUUUGCAGCCUCACAGGUGGCUCGGCUUCGAGCGCACCGAAGGCCAAAGUAAAAGUGCCGCCGCCUCCCAGGGCAGUGCCAGACAUGCCAGACGCGCCGAGGCUGCUAGUCACUGAAGGCACCUGGGGAUUGCAGCCGCCCGCUUCGUCGCUGCGGCGGUCCCCGGCGGCUUUGGCAGCACCCCUUGGCUGCCGCACCUCGCAUUUGCGGGGCUCGGGCCUGGCACGGAAGGGCGCCGGGGCCGCGCAGACGGCGCUGUGGGUGAGCAUGGAGGCAGAGCGCUUGCGUGAGGAAGCCCGGCACCCGAAGAGCUUGGGUGUCAGCUUCGCCACUGCCUUCCUGGUGAACCGCGGGUGCAAAUGCUAUGAGGUUGACAAAAUCUUACAUUAGCUUGCAUUCUACCUUGCUGAAGUUCGGAGGAGAUACUUGGGCAACAGUGCUUUGAUUGGCCCGUAUGGAGCCAAUGGAGCCAUUUGUUUUUUGGAAACUGCCAGUGGGGAGAGCUCAUCGGCAAUCAAUCCUGAACUUAUGAGGGAGCAUGUCACUGCAAGGCCUGAAAGAAUGCAGCCGCUCUCUGCUCGACUCUCCGCAGUGCAGCCAAUUGGAAAUUGACAGUCUCGAGCCUUUGCGCUGCUUUUGCAGUUGGAUAUGCCUGGCUCGCUGUACAGACAUAGAUCCGGUACUCAGGAUGAAAUUAGCUCCAUUACAUUCUCUUAAAGAGAAAUGGUCAACCCGCAUGCUGGACAAUAAAAA